GUGACGGAAGGGGGCGGGAGCUGAGGCGUUGCUAAGCCGUCGGCGGUAAUGGCGGUUGGCGGCGGUCGGUCGGUAGCGCCGGCCGCUUGUUAAGAGGGCGAGAGAGAGAGAGAGAGAGGAGGAAGAAGAAGAGGAGUUCAGCUGUUGUGUCAUGAGGAUUCCCGACGGGAGAGAUUGGAGGCGGGAAGACGUUUGAGAGGACUGUUCACCUCAGGUCUUUUUGUGUUGAAUUAUUGUCAGAACCUGCGCCACAAUGCCUUUAGUGACGAGGAACAUCGAACCGAGGGACUUGUGCCGCCAGCCUCUGCCUAAUAGUGUUCGUAGUGAGCUGGAGUGUGUAACGAAUAUCACUCUCGCAAAUGUCAUCAGACAGCUUGGGAGUCUGAGCAAAUUUGCCGAGGACAUCUUUGGUGAAUUGUUCAACGAAGCAAGCAGCUUUGCCAUUAGGGUAAACAGCCUUGGGGAUAGGAUUGAGCGUUUGCAACUUAAAGUAACACAACUUGAUCCCAAAGUAGAAGAUGUUUCGCUGCAAGGGAUUAACCUGAGGAAAGCUUUCAGGAGUUCCCCAAAGCAGGAUCAGCAGUUGUUCUGUCGUGAAUCUCUGCCACUACCUAUCUGUGACACCUAUAAUUUGGGUGACAAACCUCCACCGCUGAAUAUUUUGACCCAAUUCAGGGAUGAUGGAAAAGAGAGCCUCAAGUUUUACACAGAUCCUUCUUACUUCUUUGAUCUCUGGAAGGAGAAAAUGCUGCAGGACACCAAGGAUAUCAUGAAAGAGAAAAGGAAACACCGGAAAGAGAAAAGGGAUGUUUCCAGCAGAGGCAAUCUGAAUCCAAGGAAGAUCAGAACAAGGAAAGAUGAAUGGGAAAGAAUGAAAAUGGGCAAGGAAUUUGUAGAAGCAAAACCAUCUCAGGAUGAACUUAUGCCGCAGGGUGACAUGGUCAAUCAUAAUGGAGGCAUAAUUCCAGAUGGAAGCGAUGUUCCUGUUUAUAGAACCCAUGGAGGGUUUACUGAUUCCAUUCCUUCUCCCCCAAUGUCACCUUCCUCUGAUUUACCUCCACCACCGCUUGAUUUUGGAUACUCCGCGGACAUGCAGCAAAAGGCUUCGUUGACCUCUAAAAGGGGGAGCUAUGUCAGUCCAAGUAUUCCUCCUCCAGCACCUCCCCAUGGUCCACCGUUGGGUACUGGUUCUGCUCCACCCCCAGCUCCCCCACCCCCACCGCCGAUGGCAGAUUAUGGGGGGCAGGCACCUCCUGACACCCCUCCACCUCCACCUCCCCCUCCUUCCAUGCCGCCAAUGCAGUUCCAUGCAGGUUCUUCCGGUUUCGCUGCUCCACCAGCCCCCCCACCACCUCCCCCCAUCGACCAGUUCUCCGGUCCGCCAGCCCCACCGUUUUCAUCCGCAGCAGGAGGCCCCCCUCCCCCACCACCUCCCCCUCCCCCUCCCCCUGGUCAACCCUCUUCAUCCUUUGGGAGUGCUCCAGCACCGCCACCCCCAGCCUCGGAUCCUAAACCCAAAGCGUCUCUGCCCCCAGUGAGUGACGCUAGGGGUGACAUGCUCUCCGCUAUUCGGCAAGGCUUUCAGCUUCGUAAAGUUGAAGAGCAGCGUCAGCUGGAGGAGAAGAGGGACCACGUUGGCAAUGAUGUGGCCACGAUCCUCUCUCGGCGAAUUGCUGUUGAAUACAGCGACUCUGAGGAGUCCGAGUUUGAUGACGAGGAGUGGUCUGACUAACCUGGCUGCCAAUUGCUUUCUGCUUAAAGGAGCCAAGUCUUUUUCCAAUCAUCUAUUCACACAUGAAUGUAGUACUCUGUAUUAUAUGCACAGGCUGUGAGUGGGUUGAGAAAAUUAACUUCGAGGAAAAAGCUUGGUGUUAUUAUGGAGAGCUGAUAAUAUAUAAAGUGCCACAUUUAUAAAAUAAUAACAAGGACCUUGUUUAUUGCAGUAUUCCCCAUACACUUGACUGCAUUGGGAAGAAACGUGCCAGAAACAGCAGGAUUACUAACAUCGAAACUGCUUUUCCCUUUGAACUAUUAUUAAUUAUAGUGUACAUGAUCAACAAAAUAUAUUUAUCUGACAAUAUUUUCCUUCCCAUAUAAAUUAAUUAAUCUGCCUUUUUAUCAAAAGCUCUAGUUAGAAUGGCUGAUCUGUAAUCUACUUCAUACUUCAGCUCUUUAACAAUCUUGUUUGCAGGUGAGAUGCACUUUCUUGCUAAAUUUGGGUAGGUUUGUGUAGUUAGUUCCUUUUGACUGACCUGAAUAAAUUAAAACCAGCAGUAAAGUAUCCAGGAGCUCAUUGCUGCCAUUAUAGUCUCUGCAAGUAAUCCUAUAUGAAGCCCCUAUUCUGUAUUAUUAGGACGGUUAAGUUACCAAAGUGCUUUAUUGACUACAUUUUUAAAAGGGAAUGGGUGUGAAAUAUGCAAAAUCUG